GCCGUGCGCAUCCGGCUGGGUCGGAGCGGAGCGGAGGGGAUGGCGGAGGCCGUGCGGCCCGCCCGUCGGGCUCGCGCCAAGCCCGGCCGCAGCAAGGCCAAGGAAAAAAAGAAAACGUGUAGUGAAGAGCCCCGGAAACAGGAUUUGGAUGACGUCUUCAUCCCUGCUCCAGCCAGACAUGAAGAAGUGUCUUCUCAUGGUAGUGCAGCACAGGUGGAACAUGCUGAAGAGUUUACGGAAAUUCGCCUCAGUGAUGAUGCAGAGGAUGGACAGAAUGUGAAUCAUGUGUUUGAUGUUCCCUUGGCUUCGUUAACCUUGGCAAAGGAAGGAUCCCAGACAGCUAAACCAGGGUCUCCAACCCACAGGAAAGAAUUUGAAGCCAUUCCUUUGCAUGAGGAAUGCAGGGGGGACCCUGAGGAAAAUGCUACUAGUAAAUUGGACAAACCCCAGAGCUUCAGGGGAAUAGCUGCUAAUGAAUCUACAGACUGUGUCUUGUCAGCCAGCACUUUUCAAUCCAGUGCCACUGGCACACAGAUGCUGGUGGGAAUUAUUCAGGAUGGACGAACUGAGAAGGCACGAGGUGUUAAAAAACCUGCUGCCCAUCCUUCAGAGGAGUUACCUGCUGCCGUGUCUCAGCCUUGCAAAGAAGCCAAAGAGUGUGUUCAACACUCAAAGUUGAAAACUCUGUAUCCAGACCUGUCAGUUGAAUUGUCCCAUGAAAAACCAACCAUAAUUGCUGUUAAACCACUGUUACAUAGCGAAAGGCUGUAUCCUGAGAUCCUAACUGAACCAGAACUGGUGCCAUUUACCAAAGAGCAGCUGAAAAUUUUUGAGCCCUUUUCGUGGCUGGAGAAUGUUGAUUCUUACGUGGAAGAAUUUGAGAGCGUUGCUCACCAGGAGAGACACGAGUUUCAUGAAUUGCUUCUGAACUAUUUGCGCUGCAGGAAGCAGCUGCUGUUGGCUGAGGCGGGACUACAGGCUAUGACAUCGGACUGCCAAAGUGCCAAGAGCAGGUUAUGGACAUUUAAGGAGGAGCAGCAAUCUGUCCAGGGUGUGUGUGAAGAUCAAUGCAAAGUGUCAGGCCAUCAUCGCUACCAGACAGUAGAGAUGAAUGAAAGUGUCUUGGGAGAACUAAAGAGAUUGUUUGAAGCCAAAGCAGAGCACAUACAUCAGACGCUUGCGCUGCACUUGUACACUUCAGUGUUGUCCCGUCUGCAGGUGGAGUCUUAUAUCUACAGAUUGCUCAACAGCUCCUCCCUGCUGAGAUCUGUGGCUCUUCAGAAGCAAGAGCAAGUUCCAAAGCACCCAGAAAAUCUUUCUGUAGACUUGGGUCACUUGAAAGAAUGCAUCAGUGUCCUCUUCAGUUUCAUGCGUAGAGUUGUCGAUGAUCCCCAGUUCCAGAGUGAUCUUCUCCUUUGGCUGCAGAGGCUGGUGUCAGUGUUGCAGAGAGUGGGCUGCCCAGGGGACCACCUCUUCCUUUUGAACCAUAUCCUUCGAUGCCCAGCAGGUGUCAGCAAGUGGGCAGUUCCGUUCAUUCAGAUCAAAGUCUUGGAUAAACCAUCAGGCGUCUUUCAUUUUAUGCAAUCCCUUGCCUUGCUAAUGUCUCCUGUCAAAAAUCGAGCAGACUUUAUGUGCCAUAUGAAGCCGUAUGAAAGAACUUCCUCGUCAGGAAAAGAAUCUGGCAACUGGACAUUAGUAGAUGAAGGAGGAGAAGAGGAUGAAGAUCCUGAAACAAGUUGGAUUCUGCUUUUGGAAGAUGACUUGAUUGUCCUUUUGUCACAGUUCCCAUUUCAUGAAUUAUUUCAGCAUUUUCUUGGGUUUAACGCUAAAGGUGACUAUUUUCCUGAAAAAACAACUCCCCAGGAGAUGAUGAAGAUCUUUGCCUUUGCCGACUCCUUAGUGGAGCUUCUAGCUGUGGGGCUGGAAACAUUUAACAGAGCACGCUAUCGGCAGUUUGUAAAACGAAUCGGUCAUCUGAUCAAGAUGACACUUUGUUAUGUGAGUGACCAUUGGGCCCAAUACAUCAGCUGCAAUAAGCAAUAUGGAUCAAUAAUGCAUCCCUACACUGUGGAGAAGCUGCAACUGGAAUUUGAUGAGCUAUUUCUUAGGGCUGUUCUACAUGUACUGAAGGCAAAAAGGCUGGGAGUCUGGCUGUUCAUGUCUGAGAUGCCUUAUGGAACAUUAUCAAGCAGUAUGCUUUGGAAACUCUUCUUCAUCAUGCAUUGUGCAAAAAGUGAGCACCUGGAACAGCUCUGUGCCACUGUGCAGCUUGCUGACUGCAAAGAGAAACUCAAAGAUCCAGAACAUCUUGAGAGUUUUGAGAAGUCUCUUAAAUCAAUAAACUGCUCAGAAGACAUUUAUUUGUUCACUACAUUUGCUCAGAUGGCACAAACAAAACGGGCUGAUCUGGAUGAGGACUUUGUCAGAGUCAUUGUUCUGGAGAUAUAUGAGGUAUCUUAUGUCAGCCUUUAUACAAGAGAAACCUUUUCAAAAGUUGGCCGCGAACUCUUGGGAGCAAUUGCAGGUGUCCAUACUCAGAUUAUUUCUGUACUUUUGGAUCGAGUGAGAGAGACCAUUGAGAAAGUUGGGAUGGUUUCCUUAUACUUGUUUAAAGAGCUGCCGUUGUAUUUGUGGAAGCCUUCUUCAUCAGAAAUAGCAUUGAUUCGCGACUGGCUAUUAAAUUAUAACCUGACUGCUGUGGAGAAUAAACUAGCCUGUAUUAUCCUGGAAGGGCUGAACUGGGGAUUUGGUGAGCAUGAUGCUCUUCAUUUGGAUUCCGCUGUCCAUGCUGAAGUUGCAUUAAUGGUCCUGGAAGCAUAUCAGAAGUACCUCCCUCAGAAGCCAUAUGGUGGAUUGCUUUCUGAAAGCAUGAAACAGGUCUCAUACUUGGCCAGCAUUGUCCGUUAUGGAGAGACACCAGAGACCUCCUUUAAUCAGUGGGCAUGGGGCUUGAUUUUGAGGUUAAAGCUGCACAGAAAUGACUGUGGUGUGCAGCAAGGCUGGCCUGCUAUUCCUGCUUCCAACAUGGUGCUUGAUAUGACAGAGUCUGCCUCACUUCACCCGCUACUGAAGGCUGUUAAAGGAGGCAUACCUAUUGGCUGUUACCUUGCACUGGCAAUGACUACAACAGGUCAUACCAUUGAGAAGUUCUGCACUGAAGGCAUCCCUCUGCUGGGCAUACUGGUGCAGUCCAGAUACCUGAGAACAGUGGUCCAUGUGCUGGAUAAAAUCUUGCCUUUGUUCUACCCUUGCCAGUGUUACCUUCUGAAGAAUGAUCAGUUUUUGUCUUACAUCCAACUCUUCCUUCAUGUGGAUAGUGGAGUUCCCCAAGGAAUGACUCAACAGGUUACACACAAAGUGGCCCAGCACUUGACAGGAGGGAGCUAUGGAGAAAACAUUAAGCUUCUCAACAGCAUGAUCCAGAAUCACAUCUUUAUAAGCAGCCAGCCUAAUGCAGUGGGGCAGGCGGCAGUGUUGGAGUUCUGGGUUCAGGUCCUCACUAGCCCACAGCUGUGGCACCGAGAUAGAGCAACGCUCUUCUUGAUGGAUCAUUUAUGCAAAGCGGCUUUCCAAUACGGUCAAGAGGAUUGUCUCCAAAAACUGCUCUAUCAGCAGCACAAGAAUGCUUUAGGUUAUCACUCGGACAAAGGUCUGCUGUCUUCACUGGUCAGCUGGAUUGUGGCAGGCAAUGUGACCCCUUCCUUCAUCGAGGGCAAUGCAAAUUCCUCUCAGGUCUGGUUUUCAUGGACAGUUUUGAAUAUGGAGUCAAUAUUUGAAGAAGAUUCUCAGCUCCGCAGAGUUGUGGAGGGGGAGUUGGUAAUCAAUGCUUUAACUCCAGACCAGGCUCUGAAGAAAGCCCAGGCUCUGUUGAAGCUGCCCAUUGUACCUUCUCUUCAGAGACUAAUGAUUUACCGGUGGGCUCAUCAAGCUUUUGCAACCCCAGCAGACCACCCUCUCCUUCCCCUCAUUUGGCAAAAAUUCUUUCUCCUUUACCUUCACCGACCAGGGCCUCAAUAUGGGCUCCCUGUGGAUGGCUGUAUAGGAAGAAGGUUUUUCCAGAGCCCAGCUCAAGUUAAUCUGUUGAAUGAAAUGAAGCAGCGUUUGAUAGAGGUGGCAGACUUCCACCAUGCUGCUAGUAAAGCGCUGAGAGCAGAGGGUCCUUUGGAUGGCGGUGAAGGGUCAUCAGAAAAGGGAAGCUGCUCUCCGGAUUACCUGACUUCCCCAGAACUGCAUAAAGAACUUGUCAGGCUUUUCAAUGUAUUUGUUCUGUGGCUGGAGGAAGAGAGCUUUCAGAAAGGAGACACGUACAUUCCUUCUUUACCAAAGCAAUAUGAUGCGUAUAGACUUGCAAAGAUCAUGCAGAAUCAGCAGGAAUUGUGGAUGGAAUAUGUCAAUAUUGAACUUGUACAGCAUGAGUUUCAGGAAUCUCUAAAUCUCUGGCUUCAAGUCAAACUUGAAUCACAUGCAGCCUCUAGCACUUCAUCAGCACAGAUAGAUUUCACUAACCCUUCAUCAGCCAAGGAGAGAAUAAUGAGUAAUUUGAAGAAAUAUGAUGCUCCUAGACCCCCUCUUCCUCUGCAGCCAGUGAAAGCUCCUGUGCCUGUUAUUUCCUCCACCAGUCUGGUAAACCAGAAGGAAGCAAUGCAGCUUAUGCGUAUGGACCUUAAUGUUUUGCAGCAACAUGCCAAAGCUGCAGCUCUCUGGGAGUCCCAGCACGUUGCUUUCAACAGUGAAAUACUGGAGAUGAUUCCCAAGCUCUACAUCAAUAGAGAAGAACAGAUCACUCUCAAGCUCGAAUGUCGGGGCAGUUCCAAUAAGAGUUGCCAGGGGGCAGCUCUUGUAGCAGUCCAGUUUGAAGGGAAGCAUAAAAAUGAAGCAAUAAAUCAGCAGCUUCAUGCUUUGCGUAAGGAAGUGAAACAACUACAAGCAGAAGCCACAAAACCACCUUCUCUCAGUGUUGUGGAAGCAGCUGUCCAUGUGGAAAACUUUAUAACGGCAUUGAUCAAUAUCUACAAAGUGCAACCUAUGCCUGGAAUUCAGAAAGUAGGAAUUAGUCUCUUCUUUGCAGUAGUAGAAUUUGUGUGCGCGGAAACUCAACGCCACCCCCCUACUAAGCAGUUCUUUACCUCCUGCAUUGAGAUCCUAGGUCAAGUGUUUAUCAGUGGGACCAAAUCCGAAUGUCGACUCCUUCUCCAAACAAUCCUUCAGCAUCGGAGGCUCUGUAAUCUCCUUUCUCCUUACUUCACGCCAGUUGCCUCUCCCAAUGAGUUUGUGCACUUCUAUGAGAAAGUUGUGGCAUUUCUGAGUGAGGAUAACAGUGAUGUUGUCUUCAUGUUGCUGACGAAGUUUGAUCUUGCACAAUGGCUAAACAUCACUAGGCCACCUUUGUCUGAACGCACCAGGCUUCUGGAGUCCAUUCACUUGGCUCUCAAUGCAUGUGGACUUGAGCCUGAAGAAGACAUUUUGAUGCCAUUUAAUAUUUUCUGCAAGCACUGGACUUGCCUCAUCCGGUAUCAGUUUCCUGAUCAUUACAGUGAUUUUCUAAGGCUGUUUCUACAAAGCUCUUCAGAGCAGCUCCUGAGCCCCGAAUGCUGGAAGGCAUCACUUAAAACUUUGGGUUGCUGUUCCUCAGAACAAGGAAGCUUCAAGAAGAGCGACUCCACUGAAAGUGCAGUACUAAGAAACUCUGCAAAUCUCCUUCUGUCCAUAGAGCAGGUCACGGAGACAAUAGAAUGGCUUUCCAACUCUUUUAGCAAGCUACGAUUAGCUUCGCUGGACUUCAGGACCUUUGGCCUGUUUUCGAAAUGGAGUCCUUAUGUGGCUGAAGUGAAUAUAUUCCUCGAGUACCUUGUGAAACGGCUCAUUGACUCUGAAGUUGUCAAUUUAGCACAAGAGCCAGUGGGCAGCAGCCGAAUUCUAUCAGCGCUGCAGUCCUUGUAUGCAGUCAUUGCUGAGCUCUUUAAACCAUGGAUACUGGUCUUGGAUAAAGACGAUGUGAGUAAUGAGCGCUGCUACCCUUGGUUGGAAAGCGACACUCCGGUAGCCUCCAGUAUGGUACACUUGUUCACAGAUUGCAUUGAGAUUUUACAUCAGAGCUUUAAAGAUAAGCUGUUGCCGAGCCAUCAUGGGGCUCUUUGGUUACAUCUGAUGCAUUACUGUGAAUCAUGCACAGCUCCCAAAAUGCCAGAGUUCAUUCUUUAUACCUUCCAUACUGAAUUCACCAGACUUCCGUGGAAGGAAAUGCACCCAGACCAGAUGCUCAUGGAAGAAUUCUUUAAAGUGGAAAGAGGCAGUCCCAAGAGCUGUUUCUUAUUCUUGGGUUCUGUUUUAUGUGAAAUAAACUGGGUCAGUGUCCUGUCAGAUGCUUGGAAUCCCAGCCCACUCCCUGAAACGCACAGCAUGAUUGUCUGUCUGCUGUAUAUGAUGGUCCUGCUAGCAAAGGAGGAGCAACUGCUGAGCAAAGAGGAGUCGCCGCUAAUUAACCUCCUUGGACAGACAAGCUCCCUUCCCUGGCAACUUGUGGGCAUUGCCUCUUAUCAGAGCAUCAUCAACUACUUUAGCAGUCAUUAUCCUCCUUCCAUCAUUCUCACCAAGGACACUGCAGCUGAGCUGAUAGUGAAACUCUUGAAAAUCUCAGCUGGCUUCGGUUCUGCUUCUGACAGUCACAUACAUCUUGAUGCGACACUGAAAUGCCGAGCCUAUGUUAAGCAGGUGGUCCAGUUCCUCAGCACCCUGGAACAAAAUGGGAAAAUAACCCUUUCGAUUCUGGAGCAAGAAAUGUCCCAAGUCUUAGAUGAUAUUGUCAUCUUUAACCCUCCGGACAUGGAUAUGCAGACUCGUCAUAUGGCACUCAGCAGCCUCUUUACAGAAGCCCUGAUGAUGAUGAAUAACGCCAGCGUUACAACCGCAGAGUCGCUGCGGGGCAGCUUACGAAGAUGGACUGAUACGAAAGUGCACGGUCUCCUAGUGUUGCCCCUUCUCACAGCUGCAUGUCAGAGCCUGGCAUCAGUCCGCCAUAUGGCAGAGACUACCGAAGCUUGCAUCGCAGCUUACUUCAGUGAAGAAUUUCCUCUCAACCAGAACUUAGGCUGGGGUCCCAUACUCGCUUCCCUUCAAGUUCCUGAACUCACAAUGGAAGAAUUUCUGCAGGAGUGUUUGUCUCUGGGGAGCUAUCUGACCCUGUAUGUCUACAUGCUUCAGUGUUUAAACACUGACCAGACUCUGACCAAUGAACUGAAAAUGCUGCGGACUGUCAGCAAAUGGUUGGAGCAAGUGUAUCCAAGCUCAGUGAAGGAAGAGGCCAAGCUGUUUCUCUGGUGGCAUAAAGCCCUGCAGUUAUCCUUAAUCCAGACAGAUCAGAAUGAUGCCAUCCUGAUUGAAUCCGUCAUCCGGAUAUUGCUCUCAAUACAAGGCAGGCAGAAUCAGUUGGCUGAAGAGAGGCUGAGUUCUGGGAUACUGGGUGCCAUUGGGCUGGGCAGGAAGUCUCCUUUGUCACCCAGGUUCCGCGUGGUCGCCCGCAGCAUGUCCGCCUUCCUCCUGGUGCAGAUUCCUACAGAGAAUCAAAUCCGUUUGAAGCCUGGCUCAGAACUGCACCUGUCGCAGAAAGCCCAGCAGGCACUGAAUACUCUUGAAUCUAUGGGCUUCAACAAACAGUAUAUGGAAUAUCAAGAGCAGCUCUCCCAAGCUUCCCAGUUUAUCAAGCAUCCAGGUCAUUGUCUUCAAGAUGGAAAAAAUCUCUUGGCUCUCCUUAUUAAUACACUGUACCCAGAAGUGCGUUACCUGGACAUCAUACGAUAGCAAGAACUGAGACCACCGCAAACCUUGUUGCAGUUUUGGACUACUUUGGUUUACAUUUUGAAGUUGUUGUUACACAAGUAAUUUUUACUUGCUGAGCUCCAUUUGCAGUAAAUCAAAAUAAAUUGCUUAAAACGAAUCAAAAGGGUUGGGGGAGGAAAGAGGGAACAUACAUUGGCAUGUUUCAGACUCUCUUAGGAUUUGGGCACAAAGACAAGUUACCAUGAGCCAAGCUACGGCGUGUGAAUUUUAUAGCCUGUCAGCUAUUCUGUGGUAAGUGCUGUGCGUGUAUGCUCUUACCCCACUAAGGAUAAGCUACCUUGUACUAUUCCAGGGUAACAACAUGCAUACAGCAGUUGCUGAAGAGUAUCUGGUGCGCUGAAUUCAGACCCUGGCUCACCUGAAGCUAACUUGAUUGUGAGCUUAUGCACUUCAUUUUUUAAGCCUAUGGAGUUACUUGGUUUCUGUCUGGUAAACUCACUGGAAUGGACUUCUGUCCGUAAUACAGGUCUAAAAAACGUACUUGAGAAUGGCUGUAUGGAUUUUGAGAGACAUCAUAGCUUGCCUUUGUUUCAGAUGUAGUAUCUGUUUGUUUCUUUGCUUUUUGCCUUGUGCCUUUUUCUUCUGAGAGUGCGUUCGUUAUUUGGGCCAAUCCGAACUUGAAGGUUGCAUGUAAAACAGUUGCAGAUUACUGUUUAACCAUUGCGCCUCUCAACCUUAUCUUACUGACCCCGAACAUUGGAAACUCACUAUAUCCAUGGAUAUAGUGUUUAAAAAAAAGUGAACUUCUCUGUGAUGUCACAGACCUCUGCAGUUGAGUGGAAUCUUUGGCAUUUUUCCCCAUUUCAUAAAAGUGGUGGCUAAAGUGUUAACUUAGCACUGGGAUUUUUCCCUAACUUCCAAAAAUUAAUACAUCUGCUUCCAUAUUGCUACCUAGAAACGAGCCUUCCAAGUCCCUGGUGCUUUAUUUCAGGUACGCUGUAGACCUUGAGUUUCUAGAUCUCAAAUAUGUGGAAAGGAAAUUAAAGAGAGGGUGCUCAUGUUAAAUCACCAGUUUCUUAAUUUUGAGUAGGCUGGUGGUUUUAUACCUGAGUUCACCAACCUGGAGAAACUGCUCUAUUUUUUCCCUUCUUGUUAGUUGGGUACAUUGAUAUUGGCGGGCUUAAGAUGACACUGGGAGAGGCACCGAUUCUUAAUUUGGUGAUUUCUCGUUAAGAUUCCGUUGCUAAAGCAUGAGCCCCAGGCCUGUAAACUUGUCUCAGUCAGCGUCAUGAAUGAUCAUCAUUUUUGUUGCCUUCUUUGAGUGCAUUAUUAAAAAAGCUUCCUUCCUUUAGGGAAGCGAAGAACGGAUCUUCCAGGCUGUGGUUGCUUUACUUUGGCCAGUUUAUUUUCCUGAAUAGCAUCUGAUUGUUUCAAAUGGCCUUAAGAAUCUCAUCACUGCCAGGGAACCUAUACACAUUUUCCCCAUCAAUUACUCUGUGGUUUUAUUCAUGCCUUUUAUGUGUAACAUAUGAUCUCAUUUUAAAGCAUUCGGUUCUGAUCACCUGACAAAGGAUAUGUACUACCUAUAUCAUCUUCCCUGAUCAGCAGCAUGCUGACAAAUAUUGCACUUCUGGUUGGUUUUAGCAUUAGAAAGCUAGUCAGUUCAUUUCUUUUAUUUCCCUUUCUUUCCUCUUGCCAGAUUUUGUAAGCUGUGUCAGUUGAGUCUUUAGACCAUACCUGCUCUCCACAAGGACUUAGUAUUCUUCUGUAUUUACCAGUCCAUAUAUACAAUGAUCCUCGUUGUGUGCAUUAGCCAGAUAUCACUACAUUACCUUUUUGGAAGCUUCACAACUGGAAAAACAAAUUCUGCUGCUUUUUUUGUUUGUUUGGUUUUUAGACUUAAGGCACGUGUUUUAUAGUUUUCUUUAGACUCAAUUUCCAAUCAGUCAUAAAAAAUGUGAAAGCACAGAAAUAUUAUGUAUGCAUUUGACACGCACUUUUAAAAGAAACUAUUGUUUCAGCUGUUGAGUUUUUACAAAUCGUGUAUUUAUAAUGUAUUAAGUCUGUAAAGACCCUGUGAAAUAAACACUGAUGAUCAAGUAA